AUGAGCUCGACGUUGGCCGCGUUCCAGAGAGGCCUAUCGAGCAGCUUAUUCCGCUCAUUGACGCCGCGAGCCCACUGUCGCUGUUGGCAUGUCCGCCAGUUCUCAGCGUCAGCGCGGCGGUUCGCCAGCGACGCUGGCAUCGUUCCCCCAGAACGAAUCCGCAACAUCGCCAUUAUUGCCCAUGUUGACCAUGGCAAAACGACGCUCGUCGACCAGCUGCUUCGCCAGUCGGGGACGUUGAAGCAGGUCACGGACCCAGCGCAGACAACCGACGCCGCGGUUGAGGACGGGUUCGUCACCCGCGUAAUGGAUUCCAACGACCUCGAGCGAGAGCGGGGCAUCACGAUUCUGUCCAAGUGCACAAGCAUCAACUACGACGACAAUGUGAUCAACAUCGUCGACACUCCCGGUCACGCCGACUUUGGCGGUGAAGUCGAGCGUGUCAUGAACAUGGUGGACGGUGUCGCCCUCGUCGUCGACGCGACAGAAGGCCCGAUGACCCAGACUAGAUUCGUUUUGGCCAAGGCAUUGAGUCGGGGACUGAGGCCUCUCGUAGUCUUGAACAAGGCUGACAGGCCUACAGCACGGCCAGCUCAGGUUGAGAGCGACCUUUUCGACCUCUUUGCGACUCUUGGUGCAACCGACGAACAGGCAGAUUAUCCUUUGCUUUAUGCCUCGGCUAAGCAGGGAUGGGCUCAGGACAAACCACCGCAGCCGGCUCCAGAGGCGUCGUCGAUGGCGUCCCUGUUCAACCUGAUCCUGAACCACGUACCGGCACCUCGACACCUUGACCGAUCCAAGCCCUUCUCUAUGUUGACUGUUCAAAUAGAGAGUGACCCUUAUGUCGGCGUUCUCUACCUCGGAAGAAUCGAAAGCGGUACCCUCAAGGUCAACGAUACGGUUUGGGCACUGGAUCCUCAAGGCAACAAGGUUGGCGAAGGCAAGGUCAAGAAGAUAUUUGGCAAACGGGGCUUGGAAAGGAUCGAAAAGGACGUCGCUGCCGCCGGCGAGAUUGUCAGCAUUGCCGGUAUCAAGAAUGGCGGUGUCAAUAUUACCUUGAUCCAUCCUGAAGGAUGGGGCGAAGAAGGUCCUAAGCCGCUCCCUACUGCCCCGAUCGACCCACCCACCAUUUCCGUCGUCCUAUACCCUAACGACUCGCCACUUGCAGGACAGGAGGGUAGCAAGCUCACCUCCCAGCUCAUCCGUGACCGAAUCUACAAGGAAGCCGAAACCAAUGUCGCCCUCAUGGUUUUGCCUGGCCCGACCUCUGAAUCCCUCGAAGUUCGCGGACGUGGCGUACUGCACCUCGGCGUCCUCUUCGAGACUCUCCGUCGCGAAGGUUUUGAACUUGGCGUCGGACCUCCCAAGGCUGUCAUGAUUCCCGACCCUAGCCAACCUGGCGUCAUGCUCGAACCCAUCGAAGAGUGCACCAUCUUCGUCUCGGAGCAGUAUGCCGGCAGUGUCGUACAGAAACUCACCAUGCGCAAGGCGGAGAUGGUCAGCUACGAGGCCGAUGAGACCCAGGAAGGCUGGGUCAAGAUUGUCAUGAACGUGCCUGCGCGGGGGUUGAUUGGAUACAUGGCUGGCGAGUUCAAGAAUGACGUUCACGGCGAGGGUACGAUCAACCAUAUCUUCAAGGGCUACGAACCGUACAAGGGUGCCAUUGACACUGGUCGUAAUGGUGCUUUGAUCUCGAUGGCGUCUGGCGAGUCAAGUGGAUACGCUAUGAUGCCUCUCCAGGCUCGUGGUACCAUGUUCAUCCACCCUCAGACCCAAGUUUAUCCCGGCAUGGUCAUCGGCGAGUCCUCCAAGUCGCAGGACCUGUAUCUGAACCCGUGCGUCAAGAAGCAGCUCACCAACAUUCGCGCGGCUGCAGCGGACGACAAGAUUGUGCUCGCGUCGCCCAGGAUCAUGUCUCUUGAAGAAGCGCUCAGCUAUAUGGCUGACGAUGAGAUUGUCGAGCUCACGCCCAAGACGAUACGGUUGCGCAAGCAGCUUUUGGAUGUGAACAAGAGGCAGCGCAUGCUCAAAAAGUAG